AUGAUCCCACAGGCUCAAUAUCCUACCGGCACUCGAACUGCCCUGCCUCUCGCGCUGGGCGUGUGGCAUGCCUGGGACCUAGAAAUGAGGCUAGCGAACGCCAGAACAUCGAUUUCAUGGACUCCUCAGAAUCACAAUAGUGUCUCAAAACUGGAAACUACUACUAGCCCACUCAACGAUUCCUCCAACCUGGAGGAGCAAACUAACGAGUUAUUGCGAGACAUCGCGAAUACAACCCUUGGCUUCGAGCGGGUAUUUGCAAUUGGCUUUAGCGAUCGAAUGGACAAACGCGAUGCUAUGACCACUGGCGCCUCCCUGCUAGACAUGGACUUGGAAUGGAUCGAAGGUGUCCGCGCCAGCGAAAUGAACGACAAGGCAUACCCAGCCUCCAUUUCCAGUAUCGUGGCAAAUAAAAUCCGCACCGCGCUCAUCUUCGAAGACGAUAUUGACUGGGACGUGACGUUGAAGGCUCAACUAAAAGAAUUUGCCCGGGGAGCAUGCGCCAUCCAAGACACCGAGACAUCCCACUCUCCCUACGGCGACAACUGGGACACACUCUGGCUCGGCUCGUGUGCGAUGCGCUCCCGCGACGCGAGCCGCCUUUACAUGAUUCCGAAUGAGCCUACUGUCCGCCCAGUCUCCCACCGCGGAGACUUCUGGUGGCCCGACUUUUCAGACCGGCGAGACAUGCAGCACUCACGCUUCGUGCUGGACGGUGCGGACGGGCUCUGCACACUAGCCUACGCAGUCACCUACGAUGCAGCGCGCAAGAUCCUUGCCACGCUCUCGCUAGAGCCGAAUAACAGCCCCUUCGACAUGAAUCUGAACGGUCUCUGUGAUAGCGAGAGAAAAGGGGUGCAUUUCCGGUGUCUGGCGCCGUAUCCGCCACUUUUCAAUUCGUGGCGCAAGGCUGGGUCCAGUUUUCGGGAUUCGGAUAUCGUGGAUUUGGGGGAUGAGUGGCACGAGGCGUUUUCGAGUGGAAUUACUUACAGCACUAUGCUGAAUGCUAAGCGUUUGGUCGAUGGGGCGAAGACCGCAACGGCACAGUGGCCGGAUGUGGAGGUCCAGGAGAUGGAUUUUGAGAAGUUCGAGUCGCCGAAAGGGAGUCUGAUUUCUCUGAAUGGGGAUACUGAGUUGGGGGGGGGGGGAAGGUGA